UUAAAACGGUUUACACACACGGUACGCGCGCGCGAGUACGCGUACCCUUCAUACCUUCUCAGCUGUGUUGAUUAAAGCACCAGUCUCUCCGGGGGCGUGGGUUCGAAUCCCACCUCUGCCACCAUUUUUUUCUCUUGCAGAAGAAAAAAUAGACGCCCAUUUUUGGGGUAGACUUUGUACAACCAAAGUUGAAAUCGAGUUAAAAAAAAUACAUAAUGGGAGGAGUCUACAACACAACCCGUCAUAUAUGACGUUUGCUAUAGCACUAGCACGGGCAAAAGUUUUUUAAUUGAUUUAUAUUGUUUUUGUUUUUGUUUUUGGUCUUGUUCAAGAGAAAAAAUGCUCGUUAUUUAUUUUGUUGCCGAUUCAGCGUUUCGCAGCAUUUGGCCAUGACCAACAGACAAGCCAUUGUUGCGGCGGCUCUGGUGCUCAUUCAGUUGCUGCCAUUCACGUACAGCGACAUCAAAUCAAGUGAUGGCUCCUUUAAUGCUCAUCAUCGGGACCAAUUGUUGACGACGACCGAUGAAAAACUACAACAACAACAACAACAAGAACAACAACAGCGAACCAUUCGAAUAGCUGUAAUCGGUGGUGGUGUUGGCGGUACUGCAGCGGCAUAUUUCCUCAACGAAUUGCUUUCCAAACAACAGCAAAGUGAUCUACGGCACGAGAUUACUAUUUACGAGAAAAAUUAUCGUCUCGGUGGACGACUACAUACGGUCAACGUGGACAACAACCAUUAUGAAGCUGGCGGUUCGAUCAUUCAUGAACGAAACAAAUAUGCUGCCGAUCUGAUGGCAAAAUUCGGACUGAAGAGACGAGCCCUGCGAUCGGAUGAUCGUUUGUGCAUCUACAAUGGCGAACGAUUCGUGUUUUGUGAAAGUUCCUGGGAUAUUGUCACAUUGAUACGGUUACUGCGAUACUAUGGCCUCGAUCUGAUACGGUUACAGAAACAGGUGACCAAAGUGAUUGACCACUUUGAAAGGAUUUAUCGAUUACAAAGUGAACAGCAUGCCUAUGACCAGGUGAGCGAUCUGCUCACGGCAAUGGAUUCGCUCAUCUACAAUCUGACACGAACAUCGUACAAACACAUGCUGGAUUCCGAAUACAAACUGUCUGAGCAAUUCAUCAGUCAGAUAGUGCAAUCGAUAUCGUUGGUGAAUUAUGGCCAAACCAUCUCGAUACCGGCAUUGGUGGGUAUGGUUUCGUUUGCCGGCGCAGGCAGUCAAUUGUAUGCGAUCGAAGGUGGCAACAAAUUGUUGCCAUUACAUUUGGCCCAUUUCUCACAAGCUCGAAUGAUGCUCAACACCAAAGUGGUUAGCAUUAACUACAUGGGCGAUCAUCGAUUUCGAAUCGAUUCCAAGAGACUUGAUGGUGUUGUGGUCAACAACAACAACCACUCAGUACAAUCCGACAUUUAUGAUCAUGUCAUCAUUGCCACACCGUUGGCCAGCCAGACAAAUUCCAUUCAAUUCAAUAAUCUGACCAAACGGAACGAGUUGAUCAACGAUAUAUUCGACAAGUACCACAUGCACCGUACGGUGGCCACAUUCGUCAAAGGUCAAGUGUUGAACAAGUACAAAGAUCUCUCCAUUCUCAGCUGUGAUAUUGGCCGUGGUGGAUCGUUUUUCACUUCGUUGUCGAAACUGAUGCCUGUCCAGAAUCGAAUCAAACCAGUGAACAGCGAAGCAGCAGGCAAGCAGCAAAGUGUUUACAAAGUGUUUAGCAAUCGGCAACUGGAUCCUCAUGAAUUGUAUGGCUUGUUUGAACAGAUCGAUGACAUCCAGCAAAUCAAUUGGUUCGCAUAUCCUGAUUAUCGAUCGGUCGGGCAGCCAUUGCCGCCGUUUCGUCUUCGUGCUGGCGUCUAUUAUCUGAACGCGAUCGAAUGGGCGGCCAGUGCCAUCGAAAUGAGUCUUAUCGGUGCCAAGAAUGUUGCCCUUUUGGUGUGUCACGAGCUCAACGUUUGUCAUGCGGUCAAGGGUAAUCUCACUAGUCGUCGUCGUAAUAGGGUCGAGCUUUGAAUAAACUCGGAUUUGAAAAGUUUG